AUGGCAAGCUCGGGCGUGGGUUCAAUAGCCCCUCAAACCGUCGUUGACAUCUUUCGCAGCACCGUCGAGCGCGUCCCAGACAGCCCCGUGUACUACACAAAGGCUAUUGGCAGCUCUGACUACACAUUUAAGACGUGGGCGCAAUACUACGCCGACUGCCGCAAGUUUGCGAAAUCUCUGAUCGCCCUCGGCCUCGCACCUUUCCAUGUGAUCAACAUCAUCGGGUUCAACUCGAUCGAAUGGGUCACUGCCUGCAUCGGCGCUAUCCUCGGAGGCUGCAUCCCCGCCGGGGUGUACACCACGAGCAACCCCGAAGCGUGCCACUUUAUUGCCGAGCACUCAGAAGCACAUGUGGUUCUCUGCGACGGCGUGGCCCAGCUCGAGAAGUACGUAGCCAUUGCGCACAAACUACCGGUUUUGAAGGCUCUCGUCGUGUACAACGACGUUGUGCCCAGCGACCUCAACUGUCCCGUGCCCGUGUUAACGUUUGCCGACUUUUUGAGUGUUGGUCGCGAAGUCACAGAUGCAGUUUUGGAGGCUCGGAUGAGCGCCCAGAAGCCCGGCAACUGCUGCACCCUCAUCUACACGAGUGGGACCACGGGCCACCCAAAGGCGGUGAUGCUGUCGCACGACAACUUGACGUGGACGGUCGAAGCCACAGUUCAGCAAUAUGAACAAUCGGGCCUGGUCUUGAACGAACAUAGCAACACAGUGUCGUAUUUGCCCUUGUCGCAUGUCGCUGCGCAGCUAUUCGACAUCUAUUUGCCCAUUACGCGAGGCUUGGCCAUCUACUUUGCCCAGCCGGAUGCCCUCAAGGGCAGUUUGGGCACCACGUUAAAGGAAGCGCGGCCGACGUUGUUCUUUGCCGUCCCCCGACUGGACGAAGACAACUUUUGCUCCAUCACGGGUCGCAUCAAGGAGCUGAUCAUCACCGCAGGCGGGGAAAAUAUCCCCCCCGUGCUGCUGGAAGACGCGAUCAAGGAAGAGAUCCCAUUGCUGUCGAACGCCAUGGCCAUCGGCGACCGGCGCAAGUUCCUCACGGCUGUGUUCACGCUCAAGGUGGUGGUAGAUGCCGACGGCAACCCGAGCGACCAGCUGGACAGCACGGCGCUCGCCAUUCUGACCGGCCUCGGAUCCACGGCGACCACCGUGGGAGAGGCCAAGACCUGCCACAAGGUCAAGGCCUACGUGGAGACGAAGUUGAAAAAAGCCAACGGCCGCGCGGCGUCCCGGGCGCAGCACAUUCAAAAGUAUAUCAUUCUGGACAAGGACUUUAGCAUUGGCGGCGACGAACUCACGGCCACGCUCAAGUUGAAACGACGGGUGGUCAUGGCCAAAUACGAACAUGCUAUCGAGGCCAUGUAUGCAUGA